CGUACGAUUCACACACACUCACUCUGUCUCUCCCCCACACCCUGUAACUCUCUCUCUCCCCCCUAAUCUACAUUGGUUCGACUUUCGAUCCGGAUUGCUAAUGCCAUGUGUAUCCUACUUAUUUUUUCAAUCUUCUUUCGAUAAAAUCUUGAUUUGAUUAGCGUUUGCCUUCUCUCUCAGGGCCAACUCCAUUUCCUCGUUAUCGCAAAAUUCGUCUCGUCUCUCUGCCUUUGAUCUACAGAUUCCUGCUUAUUAAAAUGAAGAAGUUUGCUGUGAUCAAGUUAGAAUUGGAAGAUGACAGGGCCAAGCAGAAGGCUCUGAAAACGGUCUCAGCACUUACAGGGAUAGAUUCCAUCUCUAUGGACAUGAAGCAGAAGAAAUUAACUGUGAUAGGAACAGUUGAUCCGAUCUCUGUGGUGAGCAAACUUCGCAAAUACUGGCCAGCAGAUCUAACGUUGGCAGGAGCGGUUAAGGAGCCUGAGAAGAAAGAGGAGCCAAAGAAAGAAGAACCUAAGAAGGAGGGAGAAAAGAAAGAAGAGCCAAAGAAGGAGGAAGGAAAGAAAGAAGAGGAGAAGAAGGAAGGGAAGAAAGAAGAGGAGAAGAAGGAAGGGGAGAAGAAGGAUGAAAAGAAGGAGGAGAAGAAAAGAAGAGGAGAAAAGCCAGCCGCGGUCCCAGGUCCGGUUCCACACCCAGACCCUGCAUUUUUAGAGAUGGGGAGGGGGGUUAUAACAGGCCAUAUUACCCCUUCAUGGCGUACAAUCCCCAAAUGGCAUAUAAUACCCACAUGGCAAAUAAUCCCUACAUGACAUAUUAUCCCCCCAUGGCCAGCUACUAUGCUCAAAGCAUGGAAGACAGUCCCAGCACUUGUGCUAUUUUGUGAUCAGCAUUCGGCAAGCUGUCCGGAGAUGAGGGAAAGACAAACUUUCUUAAUAUGAUGCAGGAUCUAAGCCUUUGAUGCCUAUAAUAGGCUACAGCCAGGGCGAUAGCAGCUCUUGUACAUAGUAAUAUGGGGGUCUCUUGUUGAGUUUAAAACUCUUGUCGUGUUUUGAGAGAAAGGAAUAAGUAUGGGACACACACAUGUAAUCCAUAGUCCCAUACCAAUUACCUGUAAUAGUGACUAGAUCGUACCAUUACUUACCGAGAUCAUCAGUUAAUUUUGUUUGUAGAUGGCCGUCGGGACAUACUGGAAAGAGCAGAGAAUGCUAAGCGCACAUAUAUACAUAUAUGACGAGCUUUUAUUGUAGUCAAA